AUGGAGCCCCCCCCUUUUGUCACCAUCACCAAUGGAGCCCCAUUUGUCACCGUCACCAAUGCAGCCCCAUUUGUCACCGUCACCAACGGAGCCCCGUUCGUCACCGUCACCAAUGCAGCCCCUUUGGUCACCAUCACCAAUGCAGCCCCAUUUGUCACCAUCACCAAUGGAGCCCCGUUUGUCACCAUCACCAACGGAGCCCCGUUUGUCACCGUCACCAACGGAGCCCCGUUUGUCGCCGUCACCAAUGGAGCCCCUUUUGUCACCGUCACCAAUGGAGCCCCGUUUGUCACCGCCACCAAUGGAGCCCCGUUUGUCACCGUCACCAAUGGAGCCCCGUUUGUCACCGCCGCUCUUGGCUCCCACUGCCGCUGCCCCCCUCCGUCACCGUCAUCAUCGUCAAAUGCUGUCAUUGUCGUCACUGUUGUCGCUCUCAUUGUCACCCCAGUGGUCAUUAUCAACCCAACAGUCAUUGUCACCCCCGUGAUCCUGUCACCCCCAGUGAUUGUUUUCACCCCAACAUUCAUUGUCACCCCAACAGUCAUUGCCACCCCUGUGGUCAUUGUCACCCCAACCGUUGUCACCCCAAUGGUCAUUGUCACCCUAACAGUUGUCACCCCAACAGUUGUCACCCCAACAUUCAAUGUCACCCCAGUGGUCAUUAUCAACCCAACAGUCAUUGUCACCCCAGUGGUCAUUGUCACCCCAACAGUUGUCACCCCAACAUUCAAUGUCACCCCAGUGGUCAUUAUCAACCCAACAGUCAUUGUCACCCCAGUGGUCAUUGUCACCCCAACAGUUGUCACCCCAGUAGUUGUCACCCCAACAGUCACUGUCACCCUAACAGUCAUUGUUAUCCCAACUGUCAUUGUCACCCCAACGAGUCACUGUCAACCCGAUGUCAUUGUCACCCCAACAGUCACUGUCACCCCAACUGUCAUUGUCCCCCCAGCAGUCGUUAUCAACCCAACAGUCAUUGUCACCCCAGUGGUCAUUGUCACCCCAGUAGUUGUCACCCCAACAGUCACUGUCACCCUAACAGUCAUUGUCAUCCCAACUGUCAUUGUCACCCCAACGAGUCACUGUCAACCCGAUGUUGUCACCCCAAGAGUCAUUGUCACCCCAACAUUCAAUGCCAACCCAGUGGUCAUUGUCACCCUAACAGUCAUUGUCACCCCAACAGUUGUCACCCCAACAGUCAAUGUCAACACAAUAUUCAUUGUCACCCCAACAGUUGUCACCCCAGUGAUUGUUGUCACCCCAACAUUCAAUGUCACACCAAUGGUCAUUGUCACCCUAAUAGUCAUUGUCACCCUAACAGUCACUGUCACCCCAAUGGUCAUUGUCACCCCAAAAGUUGUCACCCCCAACAGUCAUUGUCACCCCAGUGUCACCAUCAACCCGAUGGUCAUUGUCACUCCAAAAGUUGUCACCCCAACAUUCAAUGUCACCUCAACAGUCACUGUCACCCCAACAGUCAUUGUCACCCCCGUGGUCAUUGUCACCCCAACAGUUGUCACCCCAACAGUCAAUGUCACCCCAGUGGUCAUUGUCUCCCCAACUGUCAUUGUCACCCCAACAAAUCACUUCAUUGUCACCCCAGUGGUCACUGUCACCUCAACAGUCAUUGUCACCCCAACAGUUGUCACCCCAACAGUCAAUGUCAACCCAAUAUUCAUUGUCACCCCAACAGUUGUCACCCCAGUGAUUGUUGUCACCCCAACAUUCAAUGUCACCCCAAUGGUCAUUGUCACCCUAAUAGUCAUUGUCACCCUAACAGUCAAUGUCACCCUAAUGGUCAUUGUCACCCCAAAAGUUGUCACCCCAACAGUCAUUGUCACCCCAGUGGUCAUUGUCACCUCAGCAGUCAUUGUCACCCCAACCAUUGUCACCCUAACAGUCAUUGUCAUCCCAACCAUUGUCACCCUAACAGUCAUUGUCACUCUAACAAUUGUCACCCCCAACAUUCAAUAUCACCCCAAUGUUGUCACCCCAACAGUUAUUGUCAUCCCAGUGGUCACUGUCACCCCAACUGUCAUUGUCACCCCAACAGUCACUGUCAACCCGAUGGUCACUGUCACCCCAACAGUUGUCACCCCAAGAGUCAAUGUCACCCCAGUGGUCAUUGUCACCUCAACAGUCAUUGUCACCCCAACAGUUGUCACCCCAACAGUCAAUGUCAACCCAAUACUCAUUGUCACCCCAACAGUUGUCACCCCAACAUUCAAUGUCACCCCAAUGGUCAUUGUCACCCCAACGAGUCACCAUCAACCCGAUGUUGUCACCCCAACAGUCACUGUCACCCCAGUGGUCAUUGUCACCUCAACAGUCAUUGUCACCCCAACAGUUGUCACCCCAGUGAUUGUUGUCACCCCAACAUUCAAUGUCAACCCAAUGGUCAUUGUCAUCCCAACUGUCAUUGUCACCCCAACGAGUCACUGUCAACCCGAUGGUCAUUGUCACACCAAAAGUUGUCACCCCCAACAUCCAAUGUCACCCCAGUGGUCAUUGUCUCCCCAACUGUCAUUGUCACCCCAACAAAUCACUGUCAACCUGAUGGUCAUUGUCACCCCAACAUUCAAUGCCAAUCCAGUGGUCAUUGUCACCCUAACAGUCAUUGUCACCCCAACCGUUGUCACCCCAACAUUCAAUGUCACCCCAACAGAUGUCACCCCAACAGUCAAUGUCAACCCAAUACUCAUUGUCACCCCAACAGUUGUCACCCCAGUGAUUGUUGUCACCCCAACAUUCAAUGUCAACCCAAUGGUCAUUGUCAUCCCAACUGUCAUUGUCACCCCAACGAGUCACCGCCAACCCGAUGGUCAUUGUCACACCAAAAGUUGUCACCCCCAACAUUCAAUGUCACCCCAACAGUUGUCACCCCAACAUUCAAUGUCACCCUAA